AUGUGUGAAUAAUUUUUAUCAAGCUGUUAUAUAUUAGAAGGAGAUGAAGAAGAUUAUUAGAAACUUGACCACAUCAAUACUCAAGUUGUAUAAAAGUCAUUCUAAAUUCCAUAUUAACAAGAACCAAUCUUAAUAAGAGUCAUAAAUUCCUUGAAUCAAACUAAAAUAUAAGAAAAGUUGAUGUGCUCCUUAUUUGUUAAUCUUUAAUAUUAUAUCACUUGUAUGGUAUUUGACUUAAUUUUGUAUGAGGAAUAAACUAAUUAUAGUGAAUUAAUUAGAAUGGAAACGAAAAUAUUAGCUAAUGAACUCUGUGAUGAACUAUUUACAAACGAUGAUGGAAGUUUGAGUUUAUUUUGUCUCAGUUAAACUACCCUGAAAUAAUAUUCAUUGCAUUUCCAAAGCAAUAUAUUUUUAAUUUUUGAGCAUAAUGUGUCAGAUCAAAUAUAGGAUUAAUGCAAAAAAAAAUUGAUAAAAUUUUUGAAUUCAAGUUAAUAUAUAAGUGUGUUUUAUCAAUGUUAGAGAUGGAAAAUUAUGUUUAUUAAAAACAAUCAAGCUAAAACUAUACUCGAUGCUUAAAUGAAAAAUUAGGAUGUUUAGCUAUUAAGCCUCUCUUACAUUGAUGAUAUAUCUUUUUGCGAACAUAAUGAUCUUGCUUCCGCUCUUUAUUUGAUAGAAAAUAAUUUUUAUCUGUAUGUGAAUUUGAAUUCAUAAGAAGCAAAAAUCUUAAAUUAUAUAUUAAUAUACCAAGCAAAUAGAAUUCAAAAACUGAUAAUGUAAUAAAGAUGUGAAAUUAUAAUUUAAGUGAUCAAUGGAUUAAAUAAAAGCGAUUCCUCAUUAAUUUAAAAUGAAAUUACAUAACAUGUUAUACUGAAUUAACAAUAUCCAUUUGAUAAUAUUAACUUUCAUUCAAAUCUUAUUUUCCUAUAAAACAAAUCUGAAUUAAUUGUAUUAAUAAAUGUAAACAUUAAUCAAACUUAUCAAAUUUGCAACAGUUCAUUGUAUUUUUUUGAUUUUGAUAAUUUGUUCUGCUAAUAUGAUUGGGCCAAUAAGGUGUUAUAAUUUUAUAAAUAUUAACCAUUAAGUGAUUUAAUAAAACCUAAAUAGAAGUAUAUAUAUGUUGUUUAGAAAAAGAAUUUGUUUAAAACAAAUGCUGUUAUUAACUGUUAUAGAAUUAUAUACAAAAAUAACACUUAAAAAUAAAUAUAGGAGAUGACCGAGUUGAUGAUUUUGGAAAAUAAUUGUUAAAUCAAGUAAUAAAUAGUCUGGAAGUUCAAUUAUCCUAAUUAUUUUACAAAUAGUACUUACAGUUUAUAAAGUAGUGAAGGCAGUCUUAAGGUAAGUAUCGCGAAAUAUUAAGUCUUUCAACACAAUUGUUUAACAAGACUUUAUAAAUAGUAUUUAUAUAAUAAGAUUUAGCUAAAAGAAAUAAUAGAUUAGUACAUAUGUUUUCAAUAUGAAUCAUUUUUUUACAUUUAUAAUUGCAAAUAAAAUUAAUUUUAAGUUUCAAUAAACUUAGAUUAAUAUUAUGUACUUGAAUCUAAAAUGGCCUUUUAUUUUGUGAAUCGAAAUAAUACUAAUGUUUUGAGAGGUGUUUAAUUUUUUUCAAAAUCUCUUCAAAACUUUAAUGUCAAAUUAAAUGGAGUGUUUACUAGCUUUUAACAAAUUCAUUAAAAUCUAUUUUUUUAUACUAACAGUUCAAAUUUGCCUCUUCUUAUAAUAAUGAAUUAAUAGUAAGCCUCAUUGAAUAAUUAUCUAUCAAAAAAUCUCUAUUAACCUGAACCUAUUUUAUAUUAUGUUGAAAUUGGAAACUUAAAGUUUAUUCAAUAUGCAAAGACUUUAGCGAUUUAAAAUAAAGAAAAUUUAAGAUGUUUUCAAUUUGCAGAUUCAAUAAUUAUUUAUAUUCAACCUUAAAAUUUAAUUAGCUCUUAUCUGAUAGUUGCAAUACAAAAUUCAACUAGAUCCUUAAUUUUACAUUAUUUUCAUGAUUAAGAAUUACAUUAAAUUUAAAAUUAUACUCUUUAGAACUAUUCAUUUUACUAUCCUUUUAAGUACACAACAUUAACAGGUAAUUUAGCUAUUUUAAUCGAAUAAAAUAGUUCGCUAAAUAUAGCCAUUUUUUAAUAUAAUAAUUACUAGUUAAUAUUAAAGGAAAUUAUUGAAACUGAUGAUUUUUUUUUUAAAUUUCAUGAACAAAAGUUAUUUUAUUCAUUCGAAAAGGUAUGGAGGUAUUCAUUCUUUAAUCAAUUUCUUGUCGAUAUAAGUAUGGAAAAAAUUCAUUAAAAUGUCUUGACAUCAUACUUUUCAAUGAGCAAUAAAAAGGAGGGUGCUAUUGACUUAAAGAUUUAAGUCGAAAAUCAUUGCUUUCAGUUACAUUCUCUCAUGAAAUCACCUAUAAUUAACAUCCAAAAUAAUAAAGGUGUAAAAUUGAAUGUUUCUGAGAUGUUUUAUGGUCCAAUCAGCAAUUUGACACUUUUAGAUAAUUCAAAAAUUAUUUUGAAAGGACCUAUUCAAAUUAAAUAAGAUAUAUAAGAAUGUAAUUUUUAAACCUCAACAUUCUGUAUUAGAGGAUAUCACUUUAAAGAAUAAAUGUUUACAGUGUUUGUUGAGGAAAAUUACAUUUUGGAAGUAAUAACAAUAAAUUCAAUUAAUAAUUAUUAUAUAACUUGGAUAAAAUAGGAAUAUUUUCUUUGUGUUUCAUUGUAAUUUGAUUUUCUAAAUAUUGAGUUAAUUGAAUGUUCUGAAAAAGAAAAUAAAAAUUGUUAAAUGAUCUCAAAUGUUAAUCAUGAUGUCAAAAUAAAAGAUAUUAAUAUUUCGAAAACAAUAAGAGUUGGUAAUCUAAUAAUACUUAAAGGUGACAAGUAUACGGCUUUUAUUUUUAUUGAGGAUCUCAAUUUUUAGAUAUAAAUGUUACCUGACAAGACUAUAGAUAUACAAUACAUUGAAGAAUCUAAUAAUUAAUAUCUCAUUCUAUAGAACUCUAAGAUGGAUUCAGAUGAUUUAGAAAUAACUAUAUACUCGAUCAAUUUAAAUCAAAAAUAAUAAAUAUACUCUUUAGUAAUUAAUGAAAAAAUGUAAGCGGAAUUGAUAAAUUUUCGAAAUUAUGCUAAAUCUGAAUUCUUAAUGAAAUUAGUCUAAUGUAAAUAUUCUGGAGAUUUAAUUUAUAUUAAACUUUUCAUAAUGAAUUACGCUUUUUCAUAAUUACUUUAGUUAAAUUUAGAUCUCCAAAAGAAUUAAAUUUAAUUAAAAUAAAAAUAGUAAUUUAGGAAUUUUAAUAUUAGGUCAAAUCAAGGUUGUGAUCUUUAAUAUCUAGAUGAUACUCUUUUAGUGUUAAAAUAAAAGGAAGAUCCUGGCUCUCAAUUUUAUCAACAUCAAGAGAAUGGAACAUUUUACGAUUAUUUUCAUAAAUUGAUAUUUUAAAUGCAAAUAAAAAGACUAAAUACUACUCAUUACAUUUUCUUUAAUUCUUAUUAAGUAUAAUUAGGAUUAAUUGAAUAUGAAUUAGAAUUAUAAAAUUAUGAUGAUAUUGAAUAAAAUUUCCAAUUAUUUGCAUAAAAUUAGAUAUCAAAUGAAAAAAUAUCAUUGCAAAUACAUAUAAUUAAAACAAGCUAGUAGCUUAAGAAUAGUAUUUUAAUAAUUUAAAUAUUUUGCUUUCUUUUCAUUCUCAUAUAUCCAAGAACAACUAAAUAUAAAUUGAGGAAUCAAAAUUGUUGA